AUGUUUGAAAUGAACACAGCUGAACCUAUGCAGGUGGAUGUGCCACCAGAGGACAAUGAGAAUAAUGAAACAGAGUCUUAUAUAGUAGAAAAUCCUACUCUAGAUCUUGAAACAUAUGCUGCUGCUUAUACUGGUUUUGCUAAACUGUACAGAUUAAUGUUUGUGGCUGAACAUUGUCCUUCACUUCGGCUAGAAGCUCUUAAAAUGGCAAUAUCUUACGUUAUGACCACAUAUAACGUAAGUCUCUACCAUACACUUCACAAAAAGCUUGCAGAUGCAGUAGCAAGUGCUGGUUUACCUGAUGUAGCAGUGCAGAUGGGAUCACAGGACAUACCAGUGCUUGAUACAAUAUGGACAGAAUCAAAAACCAAGAAAGCUGCUAUAAAGCUAGAGAAGUUAGAUACAGACCUCAAAAACUACAAGACAAAUUCAAUAAAAGAAAGCAUCCGAAGAGGACAUGAUGACCUUGGUGACCAUUAUCUUGACUGUGGUGAUCUUACAAGUGCAUUGAAAUGUUACUCGAGAGCAAGAGACUACUGCACUAGUGGCAAACAUAUUAUCAUGAUGUGUCUUAAUGUUGUGAAAGUGUCUGUAUAUUUGCAAAAUUGGGCUCAUGUUCUUAACUAUGUGUCUAAAGCAGAAGGCACCCCAGAUUUCAAUGAGGUCCCUGGCAAAGAUUCUAACCAGUCCAUAUUGACACGCUUAAAAUGUGCAGCUGGCCUGGCAGAAUUAGCAACAAAAAAAUACAAGUCUGCUGCUAAACAUUUUUUAGCAGCUAGUAUUGACCAUUGUGAUUACCCAGAGCUAUUAAGCAGCAACAAUGUUGCCAUAUAUGGUGGGUUGUGUGCACUUGCUACUUUUGAUCGCUCUGAGCUACAAAAGCAAGUCAUAGGUAGCAGUUCUUUCAAAUUAUUUUUAGAGCUAGAACCACAGUUGCGUGACAUAAUUUUUAAAUUUUAUGAAUCUAAGUAUGCUUCCUGCCUAAGACUACUGGAUGAUAUAAGAGAUAAUCUACUAUUAGACAUGUAUUUAGCUCCACAUUUAAACUCACUUUACAUGCAAAUAAGAAACAGAGCAUUAAUUCAGUACUUCAGCCCGUAUCUAUCUGCUGACAUGCACCUAAUGGCAGCAGCAUUUAACCGCACAGUGAAUGCCCUUGAAGAUGAAUUGAUGCAGUUAAUACUAGAUGGUCAGAUACAGGCCCGUAUUGAUUCACAUAACAAAAUAUUAUAUGCUAAAGAUGUGGAUCAAAGAAGCACUACUUUUGAAAGGAGUCUGGCCAUGGGAAGAGAAUAUCAACGGCGUACUUCAAUGCUUAUUUUACGUGCUGCAAUGCUCAAAAAUCAAAUCCAUGUGAAGAAUGUUGGUAGAGAUACUGGUCCCCAAAGUGGUGAAGCACCAGGAUCAAGCACCAGUCUCACUCCUCGUACCUUUGACACUGUGCCCUUGUGA